UUAAGGUUCAGCCAAGUUCCCUUUAUACAAUGAGGAAAAGUCUUGCGUUUUAUUGUUUCUUCUUCGUGUGUUUCCUUAUAUGGCACAAUUGCAAUGGAUGUGAUUCGGAGGAAUUUGGGAAGUUCCAAGCUGAAAUAAGUGGAAGACUGCGCGAAAUAGACGCACAGAACUACAGAUUAUCAGAACGUUUGUUAAAAUGCGAGUCUGCCUCUAAAGGCGAUUCAGGGCCGGUGGGUCCAGAAGGUCCGACUGGGCCACCUGGUAAAGAUGGCUUAGAUGGUUGCGAUGGAAAGGACGGACUUCAAGGAAUUCCUGCACUCAUAGAAAUUUUCCGGUAA